GGGUUAACCAGAAAGGAGCAGGCGGGUCUGAACCCCUCAGGUCCUCCAGCCAUGAGGCUCCUCUGGGGGCUGAUCUGGGCAUCUGGCUUCUUCGCCUUAUCUCUGCAGAAGCCCAGGUUGCUCCUGUUUGCUCCUUCUGUGGUUCGCAUAGGGGUCCCCCUGUCUGUGGCCGUGAAACUCCAGGAUGCUCCUUCAGGACAGGUGGUGAGAGGAUCCGUGUUCCUGAGGAACCCAUCCCACGUUAAUGAGCUCUGCUCCCCGAAGGUGGAUUUCAGCCUCAGCUCAGGCAGAGACUUCAUACUCCUCAACCUCCCGAUUCCCCAGGAGCAGGCCAGCCUCUGUCGCCUCCAUCUCCUCCGCGGAGCCCCCGAGGUGCAGCUCAUGGUGCAGUCGCCGUGGCUCAGGGACUCUCUGUCCAAACAGACAGACAUGCAGGGUGUCAACCUGCUGUUCUCCUCUCGCCGGGGGCACCUCUUUCUGCAGACAGACCAGCCCGUUUAUAACCCUGGCCAGCGGGUUCGCUACCGAGUCUUUGCUCUGGAUCAAAAGAUGCGCCCGGCCAGUGACAUCCUCACGGUCACGGUGGAGAACUCUCAAGGCUUCCGCGUGCAGAAAAGGGAAGUGUUUACUCCCUCCUCUAUCUUCCAGGACAACUUUUUGAUCCCAGACAUCUCAGAGCCAGGAACAUGGAAAAUCUCAGCCCGAUUCUCAGACAGCCUGGAUUCCAAUAGCAGUACCCAGUUUGAGGUGAAGAAAUAUGUUCUUCCCAACUUUGAGGUGAAGAUCAUUCCUGAAAACCCCUACAUCCUGACAACGCCUGGCUUUCUUAGUGACAUCCAAGUGAUCAUCCAGGCCAGGUACAUCUACAGGAAGCCAGUGCAGGGGGUGGCAUACGUGCGCUUUGGGCUUCUGGGUGAGGACGGUGAAAAGACUUUCCUGCGGGGCCUGGAGAGUCAGACCAAGCUGGUGGAUGGCCAGUGCCAAAUUUCCCUGCAAAAGGCCGAGUUUCAGGGCAUGCUGGAGAAGCUUAAUAUUAGCAUUAAUGACCUCCCAGGGCUGCGCCUGUAUGUUGCAGCAGCCGUUAUUGAGUCUCCAGGAGGAGAGAUGGAGGAGGCAGAGCUCACGUCCUGGCGUUUUGUGUCAUCUCCCUUCUCCCUGGAUCUGAGCAAAACCAAGCAGCAGCUUAUCCCUGGGGUCCCCUUCCUGCUGCAGGCCCUGGUCCGUGACAUGUCAGGCUCCCCAGCCUCUGGCAUUCCCGUCAAAGUGUCUGCCAAGUUGUUUUCUGGAUCGACUUCUAAAAACCAGGACUUUGAACGGAACACAGAUGGGAGCGGCCAAGUCAUCGUCUCCCUUGGUGUUCCUCGGACCAUCUCAGAAGUGCAGCUCUCGGUGUCUGCAGGCUCCCCCCACCCUGCCAUAGGCAGUCUCACUGUGAAAGCGCCCCUGUCCAGAAGCUCUGGGUUUCUGUCCAUUGAGUGGCAGAAUCCUCGACCUCUUAAAGUCGGAGAGACCCUUAACCUAAACCUGCAAGCCGUCGGCAUCAGUGGGAGCUUCUCCUACUUCUAUUACAUGAUCCUGUCCCGGGGCCAGAUCGUGUCUGUGCAUCGAGAGCCCAAGACCCACCUGACCUCCAUCUCCGUGUUUGUGGACCAUCGCCUGGUGCCCUCCUUCCACCUCGUGGCCUUCUACUAUCACGGGGGCGUCCCGGUGGCCAACUCCCUGAGAGUGGACGUCCAGGCUGGAGGCUGUGAGGGGAAGCUGGAGCUGAACGUGGACAGUUCCAAGGUGUAUCGUCCUGGGGACACUGUGAAACUCAACCUGCAAACAGGGUCUCGAGCCCUGGUGGCCCUGGGAGCUGUGGACACGGCUCUGUAUGCUGUGGGUGGCAAGUCCCACAAACCCCUCGACAUGGUCAAGGUCUUCGAAGCUAUGAACAGCUAUGACCUUGGCUGUGGUCCCGGCGGUGGAGACACUGCCCCUCAAGUGUUCAAGGCAGCUGGUCUGGCCUUUUCUGAUGGAGACCAUCGGACUGAAAUCAGAAAGAGUCUGAGCUGUCCCAAGGAGUCAAAGUCUCGGAAAAAGAGAAACGUGAACUUCCAAAAGGCGAUUCAUGAGAAGCUGGGCCAGUACACUUCCCCCGUAGCCAAGCGCUGCUGCCAGGACGGGCUGACGCGGCUGCCCAUGGUGCGCACCUGUGAGCAGCGGGCAGCCCGGGUGCAGCAGCCGGCCUGCCGAGAGCCCUUCCUGUCCUGCUGCCAGUUUGCUGAAAACCUGCGCAAGAAGGCCCGGACCAGGGGCCAGGUGGGCCUGGCCCGAGCCUUGGAGCUCCUGCAGGAGGAGGACCUGAUUGAAGAGGAUGACAUCCCCGUGCGCAGCUUCUUCCCCGAGAACUGGCUUUGGAAAGUGGAAGAAGUGGACCGCUUCUCCCAAUUACAACUGCUGCUCCCGGACUCUCUGACCACGUGGGAGAUCCACGGUGUGAGCCUGUCCAAAAGCACAGGCUUGUGUGUGGCCACCCCGGCCCGACUCCGAGUGUUCCGUGAAUUUCACAUGCACCUCCGCCUGCCGGUCUCUGUCCGCCGCUUUGAGCAGCUCGAGCUGCGGCCUGUCCUCUACAACUACCUGGAUAGAGAUCUGACCGUGAGUGUCCGCGUGUCCCCAGUGGAGGGGCUGUGCCUGGCCGGCGGUGGAGGGCUCGCCCAGCAGGUGCAGGUGCCCGCGGGCUCUGCCCGGCCCAUUGGCUUCUCUGUGGUGCCCAUCGCAGCUGCUGCCGUGUCCCUCAAGGUGGUGGCUCGAGGAUCCUUAGAUUUCCCUGUGGGGGACGCAAUAUCUAAGAUUCUACAAGUCGAGAGAGAAGGGGCCCUUCACAGCGAGGAGAUAGUCUAUGAACUCAACCCCCUGGACCCCCGAGGCCGGACCUUGGAAAUUCCUGGCAACUCUGAUCCCAAUAUUGUCCCUGAAGGAGAUUUCAAGAGUUUCGUCAGAGUCACAGCCUCGGAUCCACUGGAAGCAUUGGGCUCUGAGGGGGCCUUGUCCCCAGGAGGCCUGGCCUCCCUCCUGAGGCUUCCCCAAGGCUGCGGGGAACAAACCAUGACCCUCUUGGCUCCAACACUGGCUGCUUCCCGCUACCUGGACAAGACCGAGCAGUGGAGCCUGCUGCCCCCUGAGACCAAGGACCGUGCCGUGGAUCUCAUCCAGAAAGGCUACACGCGGAUCCAGGAAUUUCGAAAAAGAGAUGGUUCCUAUGGGGCUUGGUUACAUCGGGACAGUAGCACCUGGCUCACGGCCUUUGUGCUGAAGAUACUGAGUUUGGCCCAGGAUCAGGUGGGCGGCUCUACUAAAAAGCUGCAGGAGACAGCCAUGUGGCUGCUUUCCCAGCAAAGGGAUGAUGGCUCAUUCCACGACCCCUGUCCUGUUAUCCACAGGGAUAUGCAGGGAGGCUUAGUAGGAAGCGAUGAGACUGUGGCGCUCACGGCCUUCGUGGUCAUCGCCCUCCACCAUGGGCUGGCAGUCUUCCUAGACAAGAAUUCAGAGCAGUUGAGGAGAGUGGAAAAUUCCAUCUCAAGAGCAAACACCUUCUUGGGGGCGAAAGCAACCUCUGGGCUCCUUGGCGCCCACGCCUCCGCCAUCACAGCCUACGCCCUGUCGCUGACCAAGGCCCCUGAGGACCUGCGGAACGUUGGCCACAACAACCUCAUGGCCAUGGCCAAGAACAUCGGUGAUAAGCUGUACUGGGGCUCAGUCACCACUUCUCCAAGCAACGUCCUGUCACCCACUCUGGCUCCUCGCAGCCCAGCAGACCCCAUUCCCCAGGCCCCGGCCAUGUCGAUUGAAACCACGGCCUACGGUCUGCUACACCUGCUGCUAUGGGAGGGCAAGGCUGAGUUGGCUGACCAGGCUGCAUCCUGGCUGACCGGCCAGGGCAGCUUCCAAGGGGGAUUCCGCAGCACCCAGGACACUGUUAUGGCUCUGGAUGCCCUGUCUGCAUACUGGAUCGCGUCCCACACCACCGAGGAGACGGGAUUCAACGUGACCCUCAGCUCCUUGGGCCGCAGUGGACUCAAGUCCCACGUGUUGCAGCUGACCAACCACCAAGUCCACAGGCUGGAGGAGGAGCUGCAGUUUUCCCUGGGAAGCAAGAUUAACGUGGAGGUGAGAGGAAACAGCAAAGGAACCUUGAAGGUCCUUCGCAGCUACAAUGUCAUGGACAUGACGAACACGACCUGCCAGGAUCUUCAGAUUGAAGUGACGGUCAUGGGCCACGUCGAGUACACGAUGGAGGCUGAGGAGGACUACGAGGAAUACGAGUAUGAGGACUCUCCAGCCGGGGAUGACCCCGAGGCCCACUCCCGGCCCGUGACACCCCUGCAGCUAUUUGACGGUCGGAGGAACCGCCGGAGGAGGGAGGCCCCCAAGGCAGCUGAGGAACGGGAACCCAGGGUGCAGUACACCGUGUGCAUCUGGCGGACUGGCAAGGUGGGGCUGUUGGGCAUGGCCAUUGCGGACAUCACCCUCCUGAGUGGAUUCCAUGCCCUGCGGGCUGACCUGGAGAAGCUGACCUCCCUCUCCGACCGAUACGUGAGCCACUUUGAGACCGAGGGUCCCCAUGUCCUGCUGUACUUCGACUCGGUCCCCACCUCCCGGGAGUGUGUGGGCUUUGGAGCUGUGCAGGAGGUGCCCGUGGGGCUGGUACAGCCGGCCAGUGCCGUCCUGUAUGACUACUACAAUCCUGAGCGCAAAUGUGCUGUGUUUUAUGGGGCACCACGUAAGAGCAAACUCUUGUCCACGUUGUGCUCUGCGGAUGUCUGCCAGUGUGCUGAGGGGAAGUGCCCUCGACAGCGCCGGGCCCUGGAGCGUGGGCAGCAGGACAUGGAGGGUUACCGGAUGAAAUUCGCCUGUUACUCUCCCCGAGUGGACUACGGCUUUCAGGUUAAGGUUCUCCGAGAAGACAGCAAGGCCGCAUUCCGCCUCUUUGAGACCCGUAUCACCCAAGUCCUGCAUUUCACCAAGGAUGCCAGGGCCACCGCUGAUCAGACCAGAAACUUCCUGGUCCGAGCCUCUUGCCGCCUUCAGCUGGAACCUGGGAAAGAAUAUCUGAUCAUGGGUCUGGAUGGGGCCACUUACGACCUCAAGGGAGACCCCCAGUACUUGCUGGACUCCAACAGCUGGAUCGAGGAGAUGCCCUCUGAGCGCAUGUGCCAGAGCACCCGCCAUCGGACACCCUGUGCCCAGCUCAAGAGCUUCCUCCAGGACUACGGCACGCAGGGCUGCCAGGUGUGAGGGCACUCUCCCAGCUUCUCCAGGAGGAGCCGGAGCUGUGGAAAUAUACUGCCUGGACUCCCGCCGUGCCCUGUACCCUGACCAGAGCCCUAGGCAAAACCAGGGACUCAAUAAAGGCCUUUGGCAGCAAAG